AUGCGUAAACCGCGAUGUGGUUUCCAAGAUAUCCUAAAACACGGAACGAGAGCGAGUCUAUCCAAAUGGCCGAGGACUCACCUGAGGUGGAAGUUUUACGUAGGCACCCAGGACGAUUUGAAUACCGCGCAGGCCGCGUUCGACCUGUGGUCGCAGCAUUCGGCAUUGACGUUCGAACGCUCCGAAACGAAUCCCGACACUAUGAUAUCUUGGCGAACUUUACGUCACGGUAACACGAAUAUCGACGUAAACGGCCCAAAUUGCUCGGCCAAAUUCGACGGUCCCGGUAACGUGCUCGCCCACGCGUAUUUCCCGACGGACGAAGCGGGGUUCGUUUCCGAGAUACACGUCGAUGGGGACGAGUCGUGGCAUAUUCACGUCGGUAAACAUCCCGCGGAUAAGUUCUCCCUGCAUUACACGCUGACGCAUGAGAUCGGCCACUCUCUCGGAUUGCCGCACAAUAAGCGCAGAACAUCGGUGAUGUUCGCGUUCACGCCCGACAAGCAGUAUCCGGUUAAGCUCGACAAAUCUGACAUUCUCGACAUUCAUCGUUUGUACGGUGAAAAAAUUAUGAACGAGCCCCCGCAGACGCCGGCGCUACCGCCGCCGCCGCCACCGCCGCCAAUGCUGGACCUGUGCACCGUUGAUCGCGUGAACGAGAUAUUAAUUUUGGAAAAUCGUAUGUACAUCUCGUACAGGCGUUACGUUUGGUCGAUCGAUCUCGACGGUAGGACGUACAAUGGACCUCUAGCCUUUUCGAAUUACAUGAGCUUUUUUCACGACAAUUACACGCGCGUGACCGCCGCCCGUCCGGUGAUCUCAUGGUGUUCGUAG